UACAGACGGAGUUUACUCCGUCACGGAGGGGUAGGGUCGAGGGAGUGGUUUGGGAUUGGGCCUUCCUUUCAUCUAGAGAAUUCGAACGGCACUUAUCAUGGCUGUCACUGAGGGUCUUUCGGGUCAUUUCACUCAUUAGGAAGGUUCCUAAGCUAAAUGGACUAUUUGACUUCAGCCUUCAUGUCACCUGAACGCAUCAUGUCUCGGCUGAUAGGUGAGUGCAAAGCUCCCUAACCCCUCAACGUGUUUUCUACACAGAAGGUGAUCCAUGUAGUACAUUUUAAGUACAUGUUUUCGAAGAAGUUUCUACCCUUUGCCUAGUUCCAGCAAACGUUAUAACAGCAGAUAUCAGUCAGGGUCAAAUGUCUGCCAGUCGUCACAUGUUAUCUGCAAAUGGAGAAAAGGAUUGUCUUAAAGGCCAGCUUGAAUCUCACCAUGAGAGUGGGAUGGAAAGCCAUUUUGAGCCAGACUACAGAGACAAAUCGGCUGACAAGUGGAACUGGAUCAGCCCUGAUGUGCCCAGCAGAUGUACCUGGAGCCUGGGUGCACUCAUUUCAGAGUCUCCACACAGCCUCCAAGCACGCAUGGAGCCCCCCAGCAUCCUCCCCAACAUCCUUGGACAAAUUGGAGACACACCUCUGGUUCGUUUGAACAGAAUCCCUAAAGAGUUUGGACUCAAGUGUGAUAUUUUAGCCAAGUGUGAGUUCUUCAACGCAGGCGGCAGCGUGAAAGAUAGGAUCGCCGUGCGGAUGGUGGAAGACGCUGAGCGAGCCGGGAUCCUCAAACCAGGAGAUACAAUCAUCGAGCCCUCCUCUGGCAACACAGGUCUCGGCCUCGCCCUCACAGCUGCAGUGAAAGGCUACCGCUGCAUCAUAACCAUGCCUGAGAGGAUGAGCAGGGAGAAGGAGGAUGUGCUGAGAGCUCUCGGGGCAGAAGUAGUGCGCACACCUUCUGCUGCUGCCUUCGACUCCCCAGAGUCUCACAUAAUCAUGGCGUGGCGUCUGAAGAGCCAGAUACCCAACUCACACAUCCUAGACCAAUAUCGUAAUGCCAGCAAUCCUCUGGCUCACUACGACACCACAGCUGAAGAGAUACUGGAGCAGUGUGGUGGGAAAUUGGACAUGUUGGUGGCAGGAGUUGGCACAGGCGGGACACUAACUGGUGUAGCUCGGAAGUUGAAGGAGAGGUGCCCCAAUGUCAAGAUAGUUGCUGUGGAUCCGGAGGGCUCCAUUCUGAUUGGAUCAAAUGAAAAUAAGACUUCUUAUGAAGUGGAAGGCAUUGGAUACGACUUUAUCCCAACAGUGUUGGACAGAUCUCUUGUUGACAUGUGGUAUACAUCGACUGAUAUGGAGACGUUUACCAUGUGUCGCAAGCUGAUCAGAGAAGAGGGCCUUCUUUGUGGUGGCAGCUCUGGCUCGGCCAUGGCAGCAGCAGUGAAGAUGGCUCAGCAGCUGGAGGAGGGACAGCGCUGUGUGGUCAUCCUGGCAGACUCUGUCCGCAACUACAUGUCAAAGUUCCUGAAUGACAAUUGGAUGUGUGAAAAGGGCUUCCUCAGCCCCAAGGAGCCAAUGGACCUCAAACCCUGGUGGUGGAACAUGACGGUCCAGUGUCUGAAGCUGUCUGCCACCUUCACUGUGUUACCGUCUGUGUCCUGCCAGAAAACCAUAGAGAUCCUGAAGGAGAAAGCCUUCGACCAGGCCCCAGUCGUCGAUAAGUCAGGUGUGAUCCAGGGGAUGGUGACUCUGGGAACAAUUUUGUCCUCUGUGACGGCCGGAGAGGUCAAACUCUCAGAUGCUGUCAGCAAGGUGCUCUGCAAGCAUUACAAACAGCUCCACCUGACAGAUAACCUGGGCAAGCUGUCUCACAUUCUCAAAACCAACCCCUUCGCCCUGGUGGUGAAUGAUGCGGCUCAGAGUAAGAUACUAUUUUGUUUAGAUGUGGCUGAUGGGUCAACUUGUCAGAGGCAGAUGGUGGUGAGUGUUGUGACACCUAUUGACCUCCUAAACCACAUCACCACACACAAGAUGCUGGAUCUCUCGUCCACACCGUCUCUGUGAGCACUUCCUGUUGAAGAUAUCUAUAACCUCCUGCACACCAUGAGGCAGCACAGAAGUACUCUCUCUUUUAUAUAAUUAAGUAUUAAAAGAAGUAAAGGAAGUUAUCAUGGCCACACAUUUUUCAUACACUUGUUUCAUAUCAAAAUCAUUAAUUAUAAGUUUUAAUUGAUUAUUGAUUCACUGAUUAGCGAAUAUAAAAAACACUGUUUUAUUCAAGUUAAAGUAAAAAAUGUGCAACAUUUUGUUUAGUCAGUACAUUUCUUCUUGUAAAUGUGAAAUGUUCCCAAGAAUAAAAUUAGUUUUAAUUAAAAAA